AUGGCGACACCGCGCCAUCAGCCACGAGCAUCUACCUCGACCUCGGCAUCCGGCAUCGCCCUCUCGCCCUCGGGCGAGCGCGUCGUGCCCGCCUCGGUCCGCCCAGAUGGCAGCAUCCGCAAAGAGCGCAAGGUCCGCCCGGGCUACACCCCCGUCGAGGACAUCGCUCGCUACCGCCCGCCCGCGACUCGCGACUCGCCCGCCUCGCCUCGACCACGACCCGUACCCGGCCUCGGCGCCUCCGUCCUCGCCGCCCUCGGGCAGCCAGUGCCACGAUCCGGUGUGCGAGCGGGCAGCGACCGGCCGCAGGGCACAGCUACGCCGCCAAGGGCAGCAGCCGUCGCGAGCUGGAAGAGGGCGCCGCCUGUCGACGCGCAGCCACGGCGAGACACGGGCGCGAGCACGGCCGAGGGCAAGGGGAAGGAGCGCGUGUCGCAGCCGACGAAUGUCGUGCGCGUGCCGCCGACCAAGGACGAGCCGCGCGAGAGCUGGGACGCGUCGUCCAGCGAGGGCGGAAACGACGAGUCGGGAGCGGGCGAGGGGGGCGAACGAGGGGCACAAGGUCCGGCUGGUGGGUCGGAUGUCGAGUCGCAGGCGACGUCGACGCCCGUGGAGAGCGCGCGGCGAGCGCGGGCUCUGCGCAAGAAGCUGCGGCAGAUCCUCGCCGACGCGAGCGUCCCAUCCUCUCUCCGCCACCCCCACCGCCUCCCCGACGAGCUCCUCGACGCCGUCUUUUGCCUCGUCUACUUCCUCCCGCACGACCGCGCGUCGUACACCUCGUACCCGGCCCCGCUCAUCUUUCCCCUCUUGCGCCGCCUGUAUCGCACCCGGCAGUCCGCCCUCUGCAGCCUCGUCGUCAUCUACCGCUACGCCAACCUCCGGUCGUCCUGCGACACGCUCGAGGUCGAGGACGACGACGACGAGGAGGAGGGCCAGUUCGAGAGGGCGCCGAUCGAGUGGAAGGGGAUGACCUGGGCCAACUCCGGUCCCCGACGCUCUCGCCCUUCUCCCUAG